GUGAGGAAGAGGAGAAGGAGGAGCUCUGAGGUAGAGGAGGAGGAGCUGUGAGAAAGAGGAGGUGAAGCUGUCAGGAAGAGGAGGAGGAGGAGCUGUGAGGAAGAGGAGGAGGAGGGGAGGUGGAGGAAUAGGAGGCGAACUGAGUGUUACGGUUUGAAAUGAGGAGAACAAGGAGGUAGUUAAAUAAAUGUCAUAGCAGUUUUGAAUGUAGGAUAGUCUUCAUGUAUUUUAGUCUAUAAACUUUAUGCAGAACAAAUAUGGGCAGCAAAAGAGUAGGGGAGGAUAAAUAAGGGACUUUUGACAGAGGUAAAUACGUUUUUGUGUCCCCAUAUAAAUCUCUGCACUAAUAUUAUUGUUGGCAUAAUUAAUAUUAUUGUUAUUAUUGUUAAUAAUUUGGUGGUUCAGUCAACCCCAGAUUACAUUCUGCCACAAUGCAAUGUCUUUCUUUCCCUUUUGGCCAACUGCCCAAGCUCAAGAAUAGAAAGAAUGGCCUGAAACACAAAAUUUUAGAAUGCAUAAGAAUAAAUAAAAUACUUUUAAUGUAGUCCUUAAAUCAAAAGUAAUUCAAACAUUUUCCAUUCCUGCAAAUUUUGGCAUCUAGUUGGUCAAUUUGAUUGAACAAGGCUUUAUUGUAUCGUAUGACUUGAUACGUUCCUUUUUGUCAGAGAAUAAAGAUUAUCUCCAGCAACGGGUUGAGGUCAUUGUAGUUACUCUAAUAUGUGCAAAUCAAAGCAGCAAAUUUAAGCAGAAUAUCAUGCGGUGGUGUUUUUUCUCUCAGCAGCAUGAGAGCUGUGUCUACACAUACAUUAGAUGGCGUGGUUCCACACUUAUGUAUUACACCCCGGCAGCUUCUGUGUUUGUUCAUCUCCUUGUGUGUCUCGGACUAAUCCUAUUAGAUGCCCCUGCAGCCUUCUAUAUUUACCACCUCCCCUCUAGUCACUGUGAGAUUAACGUCAUGCAAGUGGCACAGCAGAUCUGUACACACAGCACUCACAGCUUGAAAAACAGUGGGAAUACCUCAAACCAUAUCUUGAUGCAUAAAACUUGAUCAUUCUAACCUGGCUUGUAGGUAUCAAUAAAGGUUUCUAAGAUAGGAGCCAUAAUCUUCCAUGUGAUGAGGCCAUUCAGACACUUUUAGUCAUAAGUAUGUCUCUCUUCUCUAUUUAUUCCCUAGUUCCCACUUUCUUCUCCCCUUAAGUGAUUCCCAAGAAAGACCCGUCCAAUUUGCAAUCCACUUUGUCCCUGUGUGUUAUUCUGUCUCUGUUCCCCCCUUCCACCACCAUCCUGCUGCUCUUAAAGUAAUGGGAUUGUUACUGUUUAUCUGCUCCGGCUUUGAGAGACUCUAUUCACACCAAGACGACAGCAUACCCCUGUCCUGGCGUUGUAGCCCUGGCUGUCGGCGUGCUGGCAGGGGGGAGACAAAGACAGAGUCGAUCCGAAAACGGAGUAAUGGAGUAAUUGAAGGGGCCUUGAGAGGAAGCCAAGAUUGACACACCGGGCGAGACGGAAGGUGGAAUUGUGACGGGAAAAGGGAAAGCGUUGGUGAAGAGGGGAGUAGAAUGGCUCGAACAAGAGGAAACGGCAUCUGGUGUUUUCUUUGUUUGUGUUGAAACAGGCUUUCAAGCUCUUCAUCAUGGUGGACUUGUUCCUGGAUCGGGUUUUGGUGAAGAACAACUGGGACCAGGAUGAGCUUAACACAGAACGGGAAAUCAUAGGCACCUUGGAGAACAGGAUUCUGAUGCUUUUCUUCGCCUGUGCUGGAUGUGAGAAGUGCAGAGAGUUUGUCCCUAUACUCAACGACUUCUUCAAACGUCUUAAGGACCCUUUCUACAUAGAAAACCCAGCAUUGUUAGCCCUGGUCUACAUCAGUUUGGAUCAGACAGAGGAGCAACAGGAAAAGUUUCUAAAAGAGCUGCACAAAAAGUCUUUGUUCGUGGCAUUCGAGGACUCGUACAAAAAGGAGCUGCAGGCGAAGUUUGAGGUGAUCAACGUUCCGACGGUGGUGGUCCUCCGGCCCGACGGAUCCGUCCUCUCCGCAAACGCCGUGGACGACAUCUGCCGCCUGGGCGCAGCCGACUGCUUCCGGAACUGGCAGGAGGGGGCGGAGCUUGUGGAGCGGAGCUUCAUGCUCAACGAGGAGUACGACGACCUCAACCUGCGCAGCGCCACCGACCCCGUCCGAAGGCUCAAGUACAAGACGGAGGACGACAAGAGGAGAAAGAAGUGGUGGGACUUUUGGGGGAAGGGAAAGUAUGAAGAGGAGGAGGACUAGGAGGAACGUGCUGCUUGGCAACGAGGGCCAGAGGUGGGAGAACACGACGAACCAAUGAGGAGCGAGGUCUAGAGCACGGACAGUGGACACCUUUUUUUUUUACACUGCCCUAGGUAGGGCUGCUAUGGUUAAUAUUGAAAUCACGAUUAUUUUUGAGUUUGAAAACAUGAUGAAUUUAUUCAGCAUUUCUCUCCAAAAAACACUUUGUAACUGAGAACUCCCCUUAAAAAAAUACACAAAAUGUUCAAGUAGAAAAUAAUUAACAAAUAUCCAGCUGUUCAGCGUUUCUUUAAAAAAACGUUUCUACUCGAUUAUUUUUGGUUGGAGGUCGUUUGACCCAAAACUCAAACCCAGAAAUAGAUAGAUUAUAAUAGAUAAUGGCACAGCCCUAUAGCCCCAGGGGUCAAGCAUGAAUACACUUGACUUGAACCAAAUAAACAAACCAAAAAGAUUAAACUAAAUAUAUAGUGAACUUUA